AUGAAAGGUGAAAAUAAUGAAAUCAACACGUUCAUUAUGGUAUGGCUUGCAGCUGUGGCAUCACUCUGCUACUGUUACGCCAUUGGAAAGAUUAUCCCCAAAGGCUUCACCAGACUUCUCGCUAUUUUCCCCGUCAUCUUCAUCUUCCUCAUCCUCCCUUUCAAUCUCCACGCCAUUAAUUUUGUUGGCCCAACAAGUUUCUUCCUCGUUUGGCUCGCCAACUUCAAACUUCUUCUCUUCGCCUUCGGUAAAGGCCCUUUAUCUUCCUACCGAAAUCUCUCUUUACAAACUUUCAUUGCUUUAGCUUGUUUCCCUGUCAAGAUUCAACACCACCCGUCAUCUCAAAAUCUUCAAAAAACUCCACUAAAAACCUCAAAAUCACCCCAAAAACACGCCGUAAAGUUCCUUCUACUCGCUUUUUUCCUACUCAUUUACAGCAACAAACAAAAUUUCCACCCGGAUAUCAUGUUGUUUAUGUAUUGCAUCUACUUGUAUCUCAGUCUUGAACUCACUCUACUCCUCGGUGGAGCAUUGGCUAGAACGCUAAUCGGCAUCGAGCUCGAGCCGCAGUUUGCUGAGCCAUAUUUGUCGACUUCACUGCAAGACUUCUGGGGAAGAAGAUGGAACCUUAUGGUUUCAGAUAUUCUACGGCCGACCGUAUACAAUCCCGUCCGCUUCAUUUCAAGCCGUGUGAUUGGGGCAAAGUGGGCUCGAGUGCCAGCGGUUCUUGCAACUUUUUUGGUGUCUGGUUUGAUGCAUGAGUUACUAUUUUAUUACUUUGGAAGAGCGAAGCCGAGGUGGGAUGUCACGUGCUUCUUUCUCUUACAUGGGCUGUGUUUGGCUGCUGAAAUGGCCGGGAAAGGGGCUUUGAAAGACAAGUGGCGGUUGCCUAGGGUGGUUUCCGGUCCAUUGGUGGUGGCUUUCGUGGCGGUCACCGGCUCACGGCUGUUUAUACCGGCGCUGUUGCGGAAUGAAGUCGAUGUUAAGGCACGUAGAGAGUAUAUUGCUUUCAUAGAAUUCUUGAAUAUUGAAAGGGAGUUUAGGCAUUUACUAGAUGUUUAA